AUGGGGCACGGAAAUGAACAUGGCCAUGGCCAUGGCAAAAUGGAACUCCCUGACUACAGGCAAUGGAAGAUUGAGGGUACUCCACUAGAGAAGGUCCAGGAAAGGCUAGCUAAACGGGGUCUUAGGGAUCCAUGGGCUCGUAAUGAAGCCUGGAGAUACAUGGGUGGCUUUGCAAAACCUGUCACCUUAACAGAAGUCUUUACUAGAGGACUCAAGUGGGGAUUUGCAGCUUUCAUCAUAGCUCUUGGCAUUGAAUAUACACUGUUUCCUCCAAAGAAGAAUGGAGGCCAUCACUGAAGAUGAAAUAUGACAACUUAAUACUUACUAAUUACUAAGCUGAAACAUAUGUAAGCCUGCUGCUCUCUCUCUACUUAUAAUAUGAAUAUUAAAAGUCUAUCACAGGCAAAAA